GAAUUCAUUUUGGUAUAUUCCAGUUUCGUGACCCCGGUCUCAAGAUGGCAGCGUCGUUAGAAGACGAGUUUGAAGAUGCGCCUGACGUUGAGCCGCUGGAACCUACACUGAAAAAUAUCAUAGAACAGAAAUCUCUUAAAUGGAUUUUCGUGGGUGGCAAAGGCGGAGUUGGCAAAACGACAUGCAGCUGCAGUUUGGCAGUACAGUUGGCGGCUGUACGGGAGAGCGUGCUCAUCAUUUCCACCGACCCGGCCCACAAUAUUUCCGAUGCCUUCGACCAGAAGUUCUCCAAGGUGCCCACUAAGGUUAAGGGCUACGACAACCUCUUUGCUAUGGAGAUCGACCCCAGUCUGGGCGUGGCGGAGCUGCCUGACGAGUUCUUCGAGGAGGACAACAUGCUGAGCAUGGGGAAGAAGAUGAUGCAGGAGGCCAUGAGCGCGUUCCCGGGCAUCGACGAGGCCAUGAGCUACGCAGAGGUCAUGAGGCUGGUAAAAGGCAUGAAUUUCUCAGUGGUGGUGUUCGACACUGCCCCCACUGGCCACACCCUGCGACUGCUCAACUUCCCCACCAUCGUGGAACGGGGCCUGGGCCGGCUGAUGCAGAUCAAGAACCAGAUCAGCCCUUUCAUCUCGCAGAUGUGUAAUAUGCUGGGACUGGGGGAUAUGAACGCAGACCAGCUGGCCUCAAAGCUGGAGGAGACACUGCCCGUUAUCCGCUCGGUCAGCGAGCAGUUCAAAGACCCGGAGCAAACCACGUUCAUCUGCGUGUGCAUCGCAGAGUUCCUGUCCCUGUACGAGACGGAGAGGCUGAUCCAGGAGCUGGCCAAGUGCCACAUCGACACGCACAACAUCAUCGUCAACCAGCUGGUCUUCCCCGACUCUGACCGGCCCUGCAGGAUGUGCGAGGCUCGUCACAAGAUCCAGUCCAAGUACCUGGACCAGAUGGAAGACUUGUAUGAAGAUUUCCACAUUGUCAAGUUACCACUCCUGCCCCACGAGGUGCGCGGGGCUGCCAAGGUCAACACCUUCUCCAAGCAGCUCCUGGAGCCUUACAACCCUCCGAAAAAGUGACCUCCUAGAGCGCCUCUACCCCCUCCACCUCCGCCCCCUACCCAAAUAACACGGCAUCGCAAGCAUACGAGACUCAGCCAGGGCAGAAGCACCAGGAGUCACGAUCACCAGGAGUCACGAUCACCAGGAAUCAGAAUCACCAGAAAUCAAGAUCACCAACACAAAGCUGGCAGAAACGCUCCCAGGAUCCUCUCUCCGCCUACUUGAAUCUCCGCUGAGGAAAAUGUCACCGGCUUUUCUAAAGGACUGAAUGCCUUCUCUUGCAGCGUGCGUGCUUUAGCCAUUGUGAAAUGGAAUUUACUUUUUGUUUGGUCUAUUUCCACCGCUUUUAUGAUGGUAAACUACACUAAACUAUUACUUCCCACAUCGACAUUAAAUUAUUUAAUGCAAGUAUGACCAAAUUAAAUAAAGACAAGAAAAGAGGGUUAUGUUGUGCAGGACUGCAGUAUUCCAGGUGGCUCUGCACAUAGUACAUGGGGGUCAUGGGAUAUGUAGUUUUCAAGUCAAUAACUACAAGUGUUAUAUUUUG